AUGUAUCUAUCGCACAGGUCUGUUCAUUAUCUAUCGAUCUCACAGUCUGUUCAUGAUCUAUCUAUCUAUCUAUCUAUCUAUCUAUCUAACAGACUGAUCAUUAUAUAUCUGUAUAUCUCACAAACUGUUCAUUAUCAAUCUAGCUACCUCACUACCUCAGUCUGUUCAUAUCUAUCUAUCUAUCUAUCUAUCUAUCUAUCUAACAGACUGAUCAUUAUAUAUCUCUACCUCAGUCUGUUCAUAUCCAUCUAUCUAUCUAUCUAUCUAUCUAACAGACUGAUCAUUAUCUAUCUGUAUAUCUCACAAACCUUUCAUUAUCUAUCUAGAUACUUCAGUCUGUUCAUAUCUAUCUAUCUAUCUAUCUCACAGACUGUUCUUUAUCUAUAUCUACCUCAGUCUAUUCAUAUCUAUCUAUCUAUCUAUCUAUCUAUCUAUGUUUUCACGAUAAAAUUAAAUAAUCGGUUGAUAUCUAUCUAUCUAUCUAUCUAUCUAUCUAUCUAUCUAUCUAUCUAUCUAUCUAUUUCAAUUGGUUUAAAUCUAUCUAUUUAUGUAGACUGUUGUUAUCUAUCUAUCUAUCUAUCUCAGUUCUUGAUAUCUGUUUAUCUAUCUACGUUCAUGUUUUCCCAAUGA